AUGGCAUCACCCCGUCCGCGCUGCAAUCGGCGACUCUCAAGCGCAUAUAGCGCGCCAGACAAAGACCCCCACGACGCGGGCUACGCGCAAGAAGCGCGCGAGAACAUCACCGACCUUCUCACGCGCCUGCAAGACCCCUACGGCGACAUGAUCCGCAUCCACAUCACAGACAACAAAGACGGCCGACCUAUCCUCCUCCAGCGCGCGCUCAUCGAGCGCGUGUCUCCCUGGCUCGAGAAGUGGGUCCAGCAGAACAUGCAGCAGUUCGGCAGCAGGGACCUGUACAUGGAGACGGGGAGCGAGACGACGAGGAAGAUGUUCCUGUUCUGCGUGGUCAAGAGGCGGGUUCCGAGGAUGGAGGAGCUCGAGCUCCGGGAAGACGGGGGACAGGAGUAUCAAGGCAGUCUGAUACGCGUGUGGACUUAUGCGGCGGAGACGGGGAUCGCAGAGGUGCAGGAUGCGGUUAUGAGGCGUUUUUGGUGGCUUGGGGGACGCGGAAUGGGUCGCCGAUGA